AUGUAUAUAUGUAUCUCUAAGCCUCCUGUAGUUAUUGCUUUACAAUGCAGAGUUGCAUAUAUAUUGACUUUGUUUUUGUUUUGCACCCUUCUAGGUGAAUGGCGGGGCGAGCGGACCAAGUGUGGGAGCAUGGAGAGAAGAUAGGCUCCGGCUGGAAGUGCAAGUAUUGCCGUGAGGCAAAGGCUGGUGGAGGGGCAACAAGGCUAAAGGAGCAUUUGGCCCACCGAGGUAACGAUGUGAAGGACUGUCCUUCAGUCCCUAAAGAGGUGAAGGCUUUCUUUGCCCGUGAACUUGACAAGAUAAAGGAGAGAAAGAGGGAAAGGGAGCGACAAAGGCAUAGAAGCACAGCGGCAGCUAGAACUCAGUACGUUGACCUAGAAAAUGAGGACGAUGAUCCUGAAUUACAAGCUGCCAUCCAUCAAUCAAGGGAGGAGUAUGAGUUCAGAGAAAGAGCUGGUGCACGAUACGAGAGGGGUGGUGGCUCUGGAUCGGGCCAAGCGGGACCGCUCCCUAGGAUGUUAAGAAGGAGUCAGACACAAGUGCCGGAGCGGGUAAAGGACUACCAUCUUGCUUCUAGCUCUGGACCGCGCCAACAAAGGAUAGAUACGGGUCCUUGGACCAGCAAGGGGAGGAAUGCAAAGCAAAUUCUUGGGAGGGCAUGGGCGAAGGCAUGCCAUGCCAUUGGUAUACCUGGUAGGAAAGUAGAUGACCCGUACUUUAGGGCGGCCAUCAUAGAGACGCAGAAACAAGGUACAUGGAUCGCAAUACCAAUUGGAAGGGACAUUGAUGGAAAGUACUUGCAAGAAAAUGUGAACGAGAUUAAAAAAGAGAUGGAGAAGUGGAGGCGAUUUUGGCCUGAGUAUGGUGUCACUAUCAUGUGCGAUUCGUGGACGGGCCCUACUCGCAAGAGUGUCAUCAACUUCUUGCUUUAUUGCAAUGGGACUAUGUAUUUUUGGAAGUCUAUUGAUGCGACUGGAGUAUCACGGGACCAUCAAUUCAUACUGAAGGAGAUCAAGAAAGUAGUGAGCCAUGUGGGGCCAGAGAAUAUUGUUCAGAUCGUCACGGAUAAUGGCUCCAAUUACAGGAAGGCAUGCAAGCUGCUGAGUAAUGAGUUUCGGCAUAUCGCGUGGCAGCCAUGCCUUGCACACACGAUUAACCUCAUGUUGAAGGACAUUGGAAAGUGGCCUGAACAUGAAGCAAUGAUUGAGAGUGCCCAAAAAAUUUGCAGUUGGUUCUACAACUCAAACAGUUUGCACCACAUGAUGAAGACUGCCAUUAGUGGCGAGUAUGCAUUCAACAACUUGACAACACUUCAAUGGUGGGACAGCAUGCAGAGUGUUCUAGAUGAUGUCGAGCCUCUAUAUAUGUUCUUGAGAUUUGCUGAUCAAGACAAGGUUCCAACUUUAGGUGAAGUGCUCAUGGAGUACCAACACUAUAGGCAGACAUAUGCAAGCAAAUUUUCAAAUGAUGGUGCCCGAUUUGACAAGAUCACGGAUGUUAUCACUUCAAGGCUAGCUACUGUAAUGUUGGGCACAUAUGUGCAGACUGCUUGUGCCUUGCAUCCAUACGUCAAUUAUGCUGUCGGGACGACGGCAGAUGUUUUGGAAGAUCUUCGAAAGGGACUUGAAAGGAUGUUUGACACUAGCACAGCGGCAGCUGCACUCCAUGAGUAUGAGUUAUUUAGAAACAAGGCUGGUCAGUUCUCAGGGGACCUUGCUAGGAGAAUGGCGGUUGAUCGAAGCACAUCACCAUCUAGCUGGUGGUCCAUGUUUGGCUCAGAUACGCCAAACCUUCAAAGAGCGGCAACACGGCUUCUCUCCCAAUGUGUAUCAUCCAGUGGCUGUGAACGAAAUUGGAGUACGUUUGCAUUCAUCCACACAAAGCUUCGUAACAGACUCAGCUAUAGCAAGCUACAUGAUUUAGUGUUUGUAAACUACAAUCUCCGACUCCGUAUCCAACGUGCAUCAGCCACCGUAGAGCCAAGUGAAUAUGAUCCUGCUAGCAGUUUCAUGGACCUCUCAUUGUAUAGGCAACAUAGCGCUAUUCGGGAGUGGAUGGAGAAAGGGAGAUCCAAUGGACCACCCACUCUGGAUGAGGAUUCUGAUUAUAGUGACUCUCCAAUCCCUAGUCAGAUUUUCACCUCCCUAGCGCGUGAUGGUGAUGAAUCACCAUUGGAUGUUACUGGUUGGGCGGAGAAGAAUAUAGGCGACACCCAUCUUGGAAAGAGAAAGUCUAAAGUUGGCCCGGCUCAAAAACAAAGAAAAAAAGGUAGAAGAAAUGACGAAGAGGAAGAGGAAGAAAUUAGAAGUGAGGACACUACGCCUGAGCCUACGGGUGAUGACUACAAUGAAAAUGACAAUGAUGACGACGAUGACGACGACACCGAUGAUGGUGGCAGUGGUGGUGGUGAGACAGCCAGAGGGACUAGUGCGGUUGGAGGGAGCAGCGGUGGCCAUUCAGGUGGAAGGCCUAUUAGAUUUACUGGAGAGAGCCAUUUCACACAUGCCACACAGGAUGAAGACCAUGGAGCACCCACUUCACAGAGACAGACUAGAAGCUACCGAAGACAAUCCACACCCCAUGAAUAUGAUAGCUCUAGCUCUCUUAGCUCCACCAGUAGCUACCCUGCCGUACCAUCAUACCCAUAUCCAUACCCACAGCCAUACCCAUACCCACAGUCGUAUCCAUACCCUCCACCAGAUCCAUACGCACAACCUUAUGACCCUCGGCUGCACUCAUUGCAUAUCAUGUAUGACUAUCUGUCUGGGGCACAUCAUGAGUACAAGGAAGCUGAAUGA